CGCCAUCUCUGAUCCUGCAGCUCAACCAGACCUCUGAAGAACUCUCAGAGCCUGAUUGCCAAGAGGAGGAGCAAGCUGCAGAAUCCGACCAUGUUGAGUCUAUCCCUGCUGGUUAUGUUGGUGGUGAUGAUGACCAUAGACCCUUCAUCUGCUGACACCUUAACCGUAUCUGUAAUCAGUGGUCAAAGUGCUGUGCUGCCAUCCGGCCUCAAGAGCCAGAGGAUGGCUAAAACAAGGGAUGUCAGGUGGACACACGCCAACCUGCUGCUCAACAACAGGACCACCAAGUGUCACCAUGGCCGCUGCCAACUCCUUCAGGACGGAUCACUGAGCUUUAGCAAAGUGCAGGAGGAAGACUCAGGAAUUUACAUGCUGGAGAUCUAUGAUCAACAAGGAACAAUGAAGGAGAGGAAGGUGUUCCAUCUGCAAGUACAAGUUACCAGCCAGUCACCAAGCAGUCAGCAACCAGUCACCAAGCAGGUCCCACCCAGUUACCAAGCAGUUCCCACCCAUUCACCAAGCACAGGUAUCACUCGUGAGAGGAUCGCCAUCGUCGUUGUCAUCUUGCUACUGCUCCUCCUCUGCAUUACUUUCUUCUUCCUGAGAAAGAUGAUGCAUCAAAGUUCCAGGACCUCAGAUUCCACAGAGGAGACCCACAUCUACAUGGCGAUGCAUGGUAACCGUGGAGACAGGGCCAAACAGGAAGAAGACAAGAAGCAGGAGGAACCCCUUUAUGUUCCCUGUCAUCCGACGGCUCCCCCGGAACUGGCUGAGAACAUCUAUGUGUGAGGACCAAUCAAAGCUCUGCAGCACCCCACCAACACUCAGCUCUGAUUGGCUGAGCUUUGUGAAACUCAGUGUUAUACUUUUGACCAAAGUAUAACGCUAUGACCAAAUGAACCCACAAUCUGAUGGUGGAUGGAGAUAGAACCUGCUGCGCUUCAGACGUCUUUAUCUUCUAAUCUGCCCCAUAAAGCCAAGGACACUUUGAGUUCUAGAAGUUCUGUUUACUUACUAGGAGUCAAACUGAACCAGGUCUAUUAUAGCUUUUUCCCUUUAAGGUUCUGACUUGAACUCUAAAUCUUUGAACAGAGCUCUCUGCCUGGUUCUGCUCCAGAGUCUGACUCAGUGGUCCAAUUUAGCUGUCAGACACUGUAGCAGAUCAAGUUAAAGGUUCUCUUUUUGAACUGGACCUUCACAGAUGGCUGAAGUUCCUUCAGUGUUGACUGAUUUCUAUCAGUCUGUAGUGAAGAUCAUCUGCUAGGAACAGGAUCAGAACAGACUGAUUCAGAGAUCAAUAAGCUUUUUCAAACCUGCUGUAGACACACCUCUACAGAAGAUCCUUCCUGCAUCCAGAAUCAGGAAGGUGCUGGAUGAAGAAAGUUCUAAAAGAAGGAAGUUCUAAAAGAGUUACUAGAAUGUUUUAUUUCCCUUUAGGAUCAAUAAAGUACUAUUUGUUUUUGUGCUUUUGUUUUGUUGCUGCUUCCAGGACCAGUUUCUACUAGCAGAUUUUUCCUCACCUGGACAUUACUGCAAUGUUUUAAUCAAUUCAAAAUGAAUGUGCUGCCAUCACAAAAACCAGUGAAGGGACAGAAAACCCCUAAUGAUUGGUAGAAACCUUCUCUCAGCAGAAAGUGGUUCUGGUUCGUCUUCAGACACUUCCUCAUCAAAAUGGCUCUGUCAGAGUAUUAGGACCCAGAUUUCUCCACAGGAAGGAUUGUUUGUCUGUUUAUAAAAUUCUUCAGCUCCUAAAAAACUUGUCCUGCUGAAUAACUCAACCCGGUCUGUGGUAGAACUGCUUUAAAGAGUAUGCAACUUGUUUUAUCACCCUGAACUGACAGACAGGAGCAGAAAUAAACCUGCUUAAACAAUAAAAUGUAUUCUUUAAAAUCAAAA